AAAAUGUCCAAAUAUUAAUCAGAUGAUUCUGACAUUAAAUCAAGAUCACUCUAAUUACCUUCAAUUAAACAACCACACACUAUCAUUACUUCUGCUGAACUUCAAUAAAUUAAAUCUCACAUCCAUUUUACAGAAUAAAAACCUUAAAAAGUAUAACUUAUUUUUAUUCCUUUAGAGUUAUGACAGUCAAAAAGUUUGGGCUUAACGUAUAGAAAAAUAAAGACAAUAGAAGGAAAAGGAAAAGUUCCAAAAAUUUAUGGUUGAAGAAGAACAAAGACGAAAAAUUGACAGAGAAGAAGCAGAUCAUUAAGAAAAACUUAAAAUUGAUUAAAUUGCUAAUGCAAACAAUAAAAUCUUUGAAUAAAGAGCAGAGUAUUAUAUUUUCAAUUAUGUUUCAGUGUUAGAAACAUGAAAUCUAAAAUGCUAUUAUCAGAAAUAGAUAAAGCAAAUCAGAAACUAAUUUAAUUAAAUAGGGAAAAAUAAGAAAUCCAAUUAAUGUAUGAUGCAUAAAAAACAAGAGAAAUUAAUACAUAAAAAUCUUUUUAAGAAUAAUUAGAAUUAGAAAAAAGUUAAAUAAAAGAGUAAUUAAAAAAACAGACUUAUGAUAUCUUAGGAAAAUAACAUUAUGAGGUAAAGGAAAGGUAUCUAAAGGAAUAUGUUAAACUUUAACAAGAAGGAGAAUUAAUCAAAAAAAUAGCUGAUGAAGAAGAAUUGAAGAAAGAGUAAAAUUUUAUUGGUAAUACAAUUUUAGAAAGUAAAAAGAAGAUGAUAAAAUUAAAAAGUAAAAAUUAUUAGGUGAACAUCAACAAUUUCUUGAAAUUAAAUAAUAACUAUUGUAAAAUGAAUAAAAAUUAUAGGAAGUUGAAUUUUAAUAAAGAGAAAAUUAUGAAAAACAUAAGGAUAGAGUUCUUCAAAUGAGAAAAGAGAGAGUAAUUUUUAAUUAUUUAAAUAGGAAACAGAAAAGAAGCAAAGAUAAUUGAAAAUUAGAGAGCAAAUAUAUGAUAUUAGAGUUACUCAAUUGAAAAAAUAAGAAGAUGAUUAUAUGUAAAGAGUUUAAAAACAUGCAGAGGAAUUGUAAAGACAUGAAGAAGAGGUAGCUAAAUAAAAGGAAUUACAUAAAUCUUUAAUGAUUUAAGAAGGGGAACAUUUUCGAUAAUAAUAACUAAAACUUAAAGAGAAAUAGUAGGAGAAAGAUGAAUAAGUAUUAUAGGAAGAGCACAAGAUGAAAAUGAGCGCUUUGUAAUAAUUAUCAUUUGUGGAGGAUUAAUAAAAAGAAAUUUUGAAAAAAAGAAACAAAGAAACACAAGAGUAUCAAAAGAUGCAAAUUGUAAUUAUAAUCAGUAAUAAAGGAACUGAAAAAACAGAUGAGAAGAAAUUAAUUUUUAAAUGAACUUAAGGAAUCAAAAUAAAUGGAACUUCGAUCAUAGAUAGAGAAAGAUGCUUUUAGUAGUUGGGCUUAAUCAUAAAUUUAAGACCUUAAGGAAUCAGGAUUAAAUUUAUACCCUUUAACAAAGUCAUUUAAAUUAUGAAUUAAAUCGAG